AUGUCUAAGGACUUGUUGUUAGAUGUACAAGGUCUACGAUGCCUGGCUGUCAUAUUCGUGGUCCUUUUCCAUUUAUGGCCAACGGUUUUUCAAAACGGAUUUUUGGGAGUUGAUAUGUGAGUUUAACAUAAUCUAAAUGCUCAAAUCAAGACAAGUAGACUUUGUUGAGGAUUGGAAUAAAUUUAGAUUAGGACUUUUUAAGACUCAUCCGGCAUUUUUAGUAUACACUUUGUAGAAAUCAUCAAUAUUUUUAGGUUGAAAUUAUGCAAAGAUUCAAAUCUUUGCUAAAUUUCAAUUUAAAAAUUUUGACGGUUUCUGAAAAGUGUAAACUAAAAAUAUCGGAUGUGUCCUAGAAAGCCCUAAUCUCAAUUUUUACCGAGUUUUAUUAAAGUCUAAAAAUCGAACUUUGACAGUUAAAAUACGAAACAAAUAAAAAAAAAAUAAUUUUUUGAUAUUUUUGUUUUUGUUCGAAAAUUUUCAUUUAGGGUUUUUCAGAUUUUUUGUGAUCUCCGGUUUCAUUAUGUGCAAGAUUUUGCAUAAAAAAUCGAUUGACUUUUCCACUGCGCAAGACUUUUACUUCCGCCGAUUUCGCCGGAUAAUUCCGCUCUAUUUGACCGUUAUUAUUGCUACGAUUUACGCCGCUUACAAGAUCAUGAACCCGUUGGAGUUCAAAACUGUGGCCAAGGAAUCAAAAUCAGCCAUGUUUUUUGUUUCAAAUAUUUUUAAUUUGCCCGAAACCGGGUAUUUCGGCGCGGAAAAUACGUUCCCCCUGUUUCUACACACAUGGUCGUUGUCCGUGGAACUACAAUUUUAUGUAAUAGUACCCGUGAUCUUUUACCUUUUGGAAAAAUUUAAUGGAAUCUCGACGAAGAGUGGAGCAAUUUUUUUGGCAAUUAUUGGGCUGAUUAGUUUGACGCUGCAGAAAUAUUUCAGUUAUGGUAAGUUGGCGGUUGGAAAAUGGAGGAAAGCGGUCGUAGUACUACCGAGACAAGAGGUAUUGAUAAUUUGUCGCGGCGAAAAAUGGGAGAUAAAAAAUGCACUGUGCAAUUUUUUGGGUCGUUUUUGGGUCGAACGCACUGAGCGCAGCACUUUACUGAGCGCAGCACUUUUUCGCGAAUUUCGCAGCAACACGCCAAAACCGCACUCUGCAAAUUAUCCAGACUUUUUGCUCCGAGUCACAUCUCCGGGACACCGCAGCGAACAGAAGACAUGCUGAACAAACUUUUUUGCAAAUAAUUUGAGGUCAACUUUGCGCCCGUAAAUUGAGAUUUUUAUUUUUGACAUCAUCUUUUUGUUUCUGUAGUAUCAAUCGGGAGGUGUCACUAGAUCUGCAAAACAUUGGUUGUGAUACACUGUCGUAAAUUUCCUUCUUUGAGAGUUGGAUUAAUAACCAAGUCGUCGAAAUGGAUAUGCAAUAGUCAUCCAUUUCGAUAGUUUUGGUUGGUAAUCCAUCUCAUAAAGCAGGAUAUUUACGCAGAUGAGCCGUAAUCGAUGCUUAUGGGUUAUAACUUAUAAGCAGCCACAUUCUUGCUAGUAGCUUCCAUUUGUGAAUCGAAUUUUACGCGUAUAAAUUGUUUUUUAGAUGAAAACAGAUCUCACAUGUCGUUGUACUGCCGAAUUUGGCAAUUUAUCGCUGGAUUUGCUGCCUUUUAUAUCCGAAAUAAAAUCUUUGAAAAUGGAAACGAUGAAGUAAAGUAUCAACUGCUCGAGUGUCAAAGUUCCGACGAUUCAACAGUCGAAAAAACGGACGCAAAUUUAUUAUUAGGAAUCCGAAAAGUGUUUACUAUUCAAACUCUGGUCGUGAUACUAAUGAUUUUACAACUAUGCGUAAAAUACGCUCAAAACAAAGAGAUCGAACGGAUUUUAAUUGUGAUGACUGCUGCAACACUGCUUGGCUUCGGAGAUUCAGUCUUAUCGAUGGAAAGGUUUGUGAAGGUCGGCGACAUUUCGUAUGCAAUCUACUUGAUUCAUUGGCCGUUUUUGGAGCUCUUCAAAUUCGGAGAUUUUGGAAAGAAUGGCGGGAAUGAAAUUGGAAUUCAAGGUGCGUUAUUAAUUUUUUUUGCUACGUGAUGUAGUCCGCGAUUGUAUUAGUUAUUUUAGAUGGCGUAUUUUUGAUAACAUCCGUCCUGAUUGUCGCAUAUCUGCUCGAAAAUUUUUUUAAGACGCUAUCGAGCUAUGUCACUUCAUGGAGUUUGCUAGUCACGACUUUAUUACUGCUCUACAGUACUGCUUAUUACGCCACAAUGUUCAUUGAAAGCAAAUCUUGGGAAAAAAGUUUGACUAAUCACAGUCAAAGUAAUACGACAGAAAUAAGCUUUGAAGACCGCGUAAUCAAACUGUAUGAAAACAGGGGCAAUACCAAUUUAACGACGAAAGAAGCAAUCGACUUUAAUAUGGAAAUGAAGGACUAUGUGCAGAAAAAUUUUAGUACUUGCCACAAUCAAAGUCAAGUCAUGCCGACGGAUGUGAAAUUGGACUGGAAAUAUUAUUCGUAUUGGUGUCAUAAAAGAGCAAGUAAUUUUACUACGUUUUGAAAAUCCAGAAGAGAAUUUAUUCAAGUGCGACGCUCAGGUUUCCUUGAAAAAUCAAAACUAAUCUGCGCCAAGCUUUAUCGAAAUCUGAGCGUUGCAUUUCGAGCCUCUCCCCUGACAAACAAGUCUAACUUUUGAUGAUUGUAGGGCAAUGGAAAGAAAGAAGUGCUUCUACUUGGCAACAGUCUUUCUCGCGACUUAUAUUUUGGGGUUCAGCAUUAUUUUUCCGAUGUUUUUGAUCAUCUGACCUUUCUCUCGGCCUCUGGUUGCAUUCCUUUUGCUUCAGAAUAUAUCAGUGGAGGAUGUCGCUCAUACGUGAAGCAAAUAAUUCCGGUUGUCAAAAAAUGGCAUCGACCCGUCGAUAUUGUUAUUUUACAACAAUCGUGAGUGUACAUUUUAAAAAUAGGCAUUAUCGCAUUUUACAAUUGUUUGCAAAAGUUUGAACUUUCAGAUUUUGACAAAACUUGGCGUUAGUUUUGAUGAGGACUUUCUAAGGCGUAUGCACGCUAUUUAGACCGCGCUUUGCAGAAACUAUGGGGGUUUUUAGAUCGAAAAUUCGCAAUUCGGCGAUUUUUUACCUAAAAAUAUUGAUGGUUUCUACAAAACGUGGGCGAAAAAUCCUCCGAUCAUUACUUUCUAUUUAAAUUACAAACAUUUCAGUUACCUAAAAUUAUGGCCCCACAAUUACACAAAAAAUGACGCCAUUCAACGGGAUAUUCAGCGAUUUUACGACGAACUUUCGCCACUUGUAAAAGAUGUCAUCUUUAUGAGUUCCGCGGACUUUUUCGAGUAUCAUCCAUUUCAAAAAAUGCAAAAAUCAAUCCUAAAUAACGAGGAUUUAUCGCAGUAUCAAAUAAAAUACGGCUAUGGGCGUUCCUUGUACGGCGAUACGCAGCGACGAAUCGACGCGAUCAAAUGCGAAAAGUGCCGGAAAAUCGAUUAUUCGGAGCAAUAUUGCGAUAAAAUCAAGGAUUCUUGCACAAUAAUCCAUGAGAAUAAGAUUUUGCAACAUCACGAUGGACGACACUCAACGAUGUACGGUUCAUUGCUGUUGGCGGAGAAGCUGAAAGAAGAAUAUGAUCAUUGGGAAAAUUCGAGAACGGAAUUGUGA